ACAUUCAACCAACUUAACCCCAUUGCUUAAUUUUAUUGCAUUUAUACAAUUUUGGAUUUAUUUGCACUAUACCCAUAUAUUUUGUUUGUUUAAUUUUCUUGUGGAUAUCAUGGAUUGUUGAGGUAAUGGUUUAUUUUAGACAUAUUGAAAAUAUGGUGUAUUUAUUGUUUUUGUGUUGAAUUUAUACCAAAUGCAAAUGGGUAAAUAUAUGAGCUUGUGGUGGCAAUUUUGCUGUUAAUUCUGUGAGUGCUGAUGAUGGGCAAACUUGAGUUCUGUUGUUGGAAUCAUUGAUGUUGGAAUGAGUUCAUGAAUAGGGGUUUGUUUAUGGAAGAUUAAUUUGCUUGUGAUUCGACUUGAAAUGCUGGGGUUUGUUUUGGAUCUAUGUCACUAUUGUUUUUUUGGUGUUCUUUCCGGUUCAUCCUUUGGGCUAAUCCGGAUUCGGGCUCAGUUUUGAGGGGUUAGGUUCAAGUCCCCUCCUAAUUGUUAUUGUGGGUGAUUGAACACGCGAUCCUCCCUAUCAAGUGUAGCACUGUACCAACAACCAAUUGGUGAAGUUACAAAAACACAAUACUGAAGUACAUGGUGUCAAGUAUAGAAAUGGAUUGCAUUGUGCUGCUAGGAUAUUGCAGAAUGAAGGGGUAUGGAUCUCUGUUACCCAGCUUUAAGGUAAGGGGUCUUUAUCGAGGUGCCACCUCCUCUUUUAUAGGGAUGGGUUUUGAAAGUUCACUUCUGUUUGGCAUAUACUCGCAAACAAAGCAAUCUCUCCAGGGCAAGCUGCAAAGUUCUGGACCUGAUUCCCUAGUCAUAAUUCCAUCAGCUGCCUAUUCUGGGGCUAUAAUCAGCUUUGUACUCUGUCCUACGGAGCUAGUGAAGUGUAGGAUGCAAAUUCAAGGAACUGAUUCUUUGAUUCCGAAGGCGAGCACAUAUACCGGUCCUGUUGAUUGUGCCCUUAAGACUAUAAGAACUGACGGGGUAACAGGCAUUUUCCGUGGAGGGACGGCAACCUUUCUAAGAGAAUCUUUGGGGAAUGCUGUUUUCUUUAGUGUUUAUGAGAAUGUCCGACAUUCUAUGCACUUGAAACUCAAAGAUUGUUCUGGAGAAUAUAAAGGCUUGGCUGAGAUAGGGGUUGGGAUCAUCAGUGGUGGCCUAGGUGGUGUUGCUUUUUGGUCUGCUGUUUUGCCCCUGGAUAUGGCAAAAACCAUGAUUCAGACCAACCCAGAUCCAAACUACUCCAGAAAUCCUUUUCAAGUGUUGAAGUUGGUUUACAAACAAGCUGGGCUAAGAGGAUGCUAUGCUGGCUUAGGUCCAACUAUAGCACGGGCAUUCCCAGCCAAUGCAGCAGCAAUUGUCACCUGGGAAUUUGCCAUGAAAAUGUUAGGCAUCAGACAUGAGUAGUUAUCUUUCUUACAGAGAUUCAUUUGCGGUGAAUGGAAGCAGUGUGAUUUGACGGGAGAUUUGGAGUAAGGCGCAUUUAAUUGUUUGCCAUAAAAUUCAAGUGUCCAUGGUCUUUGAACUCUUAGGCUUACUUUGUGCUUGUUUGAUUCACAUGAGAAUUAAACUCCCAUGGGAAUUUAUACUUCACGAGAAAUUACUUCCUUUCUGCAAUACCUAGGAAAUGACAUGUUUGGUUGACUCCAGGAAUUCCCCGUUCCUGUGAAUUUCUAUCGACCAAGGGGUUUUAGGUAAUUAAUCACCCAUGUUUUGUGGGAAGCCGAAUUUCAUAAUUUUAGUACUUAUCAAACAUGUGAAAUAGCUACCCUAAAUUGUUUACUUAAAUAUCUACUUCCCCCAUUUUUUCUUUUUUUUUUUUGGUUAACCAAACAAGCACUUAGUGAUUACUCGUAGAGUGUAGGAAAUAGGCAGUUUGAAAAGCAUAUUGAUUACCUGGUGAAGUAUUAUUUGACUUGGGAUAGUUCUGAAUCAUUCUGGAGUGUACUUUGUAUUCCAUCAAUGAUAUUAGUGUUUUGUUAUAAAUAAUGAUACUCUGUAUUAACUUA